AUGAAAUUACUAGCACUAAUAAAUUUAUGGGCCGCUAAUCUUUUUGUGUUUGUUAAUGCAUACUAUAACAGCUAUUAUAACCAAGGUAAGAGUGCGAGGAAUGAUUUGCAUAGUGCUAUCUUUACAGGGGAAAUACCCCAAGUGCGACGCUCAGAUUUUGAUGAAACUUGUAACAAAUUUAGAGUAAUUUUUUCUAUGACAUAUGCAAAUAUCCUAGCUUGUGCUUUGCAGAAAUAACCGAGAUUUUUAGAUCGAGAGUCGCCGAAAAUUUGAAAAUUUUUGCCGAAUUUCGUCACAAAAAUUCUCAUGCCUAUUUCUACCGUAAGGGGUAAUGUCUCCACAAAAAAUCAUUUUUUGCAACUAGCAAAGUUAUGGCCAAAAAGUGUUUUUCUCCUUGCAGGCGCAGGCUAAUUAUUCAACGAUCUUUUUGGUCGAGGGGAUACGCGAAAUGCAGAGAGCGGCCAGAGAGGAAAUGCUGUUUGACUAUACCGUUGCUAGUUUUGAUUGGAAAAAAUUAAUUUUCUGUGGAAGCACUGCCCUCUACUGUAGAAACAGGUGUGAAACAUUUCAUGCCAACACACAAGAAAAGUGCCAAGCCGCAUUUUUUUUCUGGCUUUUUGCCCAAAAAAUCUCAGUCGUUUCUGCAAAGCGCAAUCAAUGGGUCUCGAAUUUUAUAUUUUCAGAAAAAAAUAUCUUAAUUUAUACCAAGUUUCGUCAAAAUCUGAGCAUCACAUUUAUAAGACUUCUCCCAAAAAUAAGGACCUUUUUUACUGCCUUACCACUGCCUCAUGCAUUCUUUUUUUUCAGGUUACAACUACAACUCCUAUCAAGACUCCACAAACUGCCAAUACAAUUACUAUGGAUGCGGCGCCUACAACAAUAUAAACUAUGACUAUUAUUAUCAGCGAUACGAAAACUACCAUCCAAGCUACACUGCCACCGGAUAUUACUCAGGCUCUCGUGGCUCUUACUAUGGCACCCCGGGAAUUGCGGGGCUGUGGUUGGUCUGUCACAGCUGCGGACGGAAUGGUGGGGGGAAAUGA